AAUCCGCCCCAUUUAUGGCCGUAAGUACCAUAGAGAAUUCUCAUCAUUAUUAUCCCUUGAUUAUUCUCAGUUAUUCUCAGUUAUUAUAUCGUUCAAUUCAUUAAUACUUGCUAUUUCACCUAUUCUUCCUCCAUUGAUUGAUUUUUUCCAUUACUUCCUUAUACGGUGUUUAACAUAUAUCAAUUUUUUCUAUAGUACCCGAUUUUCCUCCAUUGAUUGAUCUUUUCCAUUACUUUCAAUGUUGUAAUAGCAUAUAUGAACUACCAUGCGUCCUCCUUUUCACUAAACUAUAUCCUCUCAUUUGCUCUGAAAAUGAGUACUUCUUCUGAUGAGCAGAAACGUCCUCACGUCCCAAAAUUCGGUGAUUGGAACAAUAAUAAGGGCGGCAAUGUGCCAUACACCGCCGUCUUUGACAAGGCCCGCAAAGGUAAAUUGAAAGAUGGAGUGAAGAUAUUGAAUCCCAACGAUCCCGAGGAGAAUCCAGAAGCUUUCAACGUCGUCGAGAAAGACAAGGUGGUGAAGAUCAAACUCCCUAUUGUUGCUGAAGAGAAUCGAGAUUGCUCCUCGGAAUCUGAAACCAUUGCGCGACGGCCAUCAAAUAGUGCUCGUUUGGGUCACCAUCGCCGGAAGAGUGAUGAAUCAGAGCUAUCUAUGUGUACUGAAAAGCUGAGUUUCGAGUGUAAUAAUUCGUCACUUAUACUACAGCAACGAAGACAACAACGACUGCUGGAUAGAUCCGAGAAAAAGAAAAGUAUGGAGGGUUUGUCAAAGAGAUUUGGUUCAUCUAGACACCACCGCAAACAAUCUAGUAUUACUGAUAUUGACAUGAUCCCAAUACCAAAAUUUGGAGACUGGGAUGAGAGCGACCCAAAAUCAGGCGAAGAUUAUACGUAUAAAUUCAACAAAGUGAAAGAAGAAAAUAAGAACAUAUCUGAAAUGUUCUCAGCUGCUUUGUCUUCCGAACCAAAUGGACACAAUGCCAAUAAUCAUGAAACAUCUUUUUCCAUAUCAAAGAUCUGCUGCUUUCAUAUAUUUCCAAGAGGAAGAGCUUGAUUCAGGCCCGUCUUUGCUGCUUCAAUUCUUGCUAUUCAAUAUGGUCACUCGAAAAUAAAGUCUAGCUAACUGAUGUUUUCUUUUCUGC